AUGGCCGAUACUCUUAAAGCUGCCGCAACACCAACUCCCCCGUCGAGGAAGGAUACGAUCCUGUCACGGCGUUGGAUCGAAGGUCAGAUCGCUGAAGGCAAGCAAGUUAUAGUCUAUGACGACCGGGUAUUGAGGGUCGAUGCAUGGAUCAAAUUCCACCCGGGUGGUGACAAGUCGAUUAAGCAUAUGGUGGGAAAAGAUGCGACGGAUGAGAUCAAUGCUUUACAUUCGAAGGAAGCGCGUCAGCGGAUGUUGGCCUUCCAGAUCGGACGCAUCCAGGGUCCGUGGUUAAACUUCCUCCCACCGAUUCAAGGCGGGAAGUUCCGCCCAUAUACCGAGGCAACUUGCACAUCAGAUGAAGACAGUUCUGGUCAGGACUUGUCUACACCGCCGUCUCCGAUCUUCGACUCAGUCGACGCUAAGUCCGGCCUCCGCCGGCGAAAGUCUGUUUCCUCGGAUACGUCCGUUUCCUCAGCUACCUCAGAGUGUGAGCCAAAGCCGUUCUUUCUCGACGCUCGAACCCAGGAAGAGAUCGUCCUUGAUGUUACCAAAUACCCGUCUUUGGAUACGGAGAGCCAGGAGAGUAUCAAGAAGAAGUACCGUGCAUUAGAUCAGCGGAUUCGCGAUGAAGGCCUAUACAACUGCAACUAUUUCUCUUACUUCAUCGAAUGCUGCCGCUAUACGCUUUUUGCGGCCCUGUCUUACAUAUUCCUCCGAUCGGGCUGGUAUGCAACGUCGGGAUUCUUUUUGGGAUGCUUCUGGCACCAGCUCGUCUUUACAGCUCAUGAUUCAGGUCAUAUGGGCAUUACCCAUAACUUCCACGUGGACAGUGUAAUUGGUAUCAUCAUCGCCGACUAUCUUGGAGGGUUAAGCCUGGGCUGGUGGAAGCGCAACCACAAUGUCCACCAUAUUGUGACGAAUGCACCUGAACAUGACCCCGAUAUCGAACACAUGCCCUUCUUUGCCAUUUCGCACCGUUUCCUUACCAGUCUCCGCAGCACUUACUAUGAACGUAUUAUGACAUUUGAUGCUUUUGCGAACUUCAUGCUGCGCUAUCAAAACUAUCUUUACUAUCCGAUUCUCUUGUUUGGCCGCUUUAACCUGUAUCGCCUGAGCUGGGAAUAUCUGCUGUGCGGUCAAGCGCCGAAGAAAGGCCCUGCUUGGUGGCACCGGUGGUUCGAGAUGGCUGGCCAAGUCUUCUUCUGGUAUUGGUUUGGGUACGCUGUGGUGUACCGUAGCAUCCCCGACUGGAGUAGCCGUCUGAUUUUCAUUUUAAUCUCGCACAUGGUUACCGCCCCGUUACACGUGCAGAUCACGCUCUCCCAUUUUGCCAUGUCGACGGCCGACUUGGGUGUCAACGAGUCCUUUCCCCAGAAGAUGCUUCGCACAACCAUGGAUGUCGACUGCCCAACCUGGCUCGACUUCUUCCACGGAGGUCUACAGUUCCAGGCCAUUCACCACCUGUACCCUCGCAUUCCACGCCACAACCUGCGUCGUACCCAAAAGUUGGUUAUGGAAUUCUGCCGCGACACUGGCAUCCCGUAUGCCGUCUUCACCUUCUACGAUGGCAACAAAGAGGUUAUCGGAAAACUUGGUGAUGUCGCGAAGCAGGUCCGUAUCCUUGACGAAUGCCGGAAGUCGUGCGCCCAGCAGGGCGUCUUCUCAGACCACCACUAG